CGGCAGAGUAGUUGUUUGGUUUUUGUUUCGGAAUUGUCAAGUCACAUACGCCGAUUAGUGAGUUUGUGCGAAGACGUAGCUAAAAUUCCGCGUAAAUACUCGAUUCGAGCUGAAUACGAAGCGAAAAACGGUCGAAAAGCCGAAACCGUCGAUAAUACAAGAUGUCAUCGAGCAAAUCCAGCGUGGACGAUCUUCUCGGAGAUAAAUUAUCUACAGAGUCAUGGGUGGACGUCAGCGCGGGCUCGACCUGCGGCUCGCAGAACGGCGGCACGCCGGGCUCCAUCACCCACACCCUCUCCGUCGAGGACUACCUGCGCCUGCUGAAGGAGGCCCAGGAGUCCAACCAGUCGUCGGCGCGGGUGUCGCUGGCCGGCUCGCGGCGCGACUCGCCCCGCAGCAGCCCCAAAUCGCCGCCCAACAGCCCCGUCCAGGGCACCGCUCUCAACCUCGAAUGGCAGUCCUACUACAUCAACACCGAGGCUAAAGAGGAAUCGGACUUUUUCAACGAUUGGAGCAGUCGCCCGGACCAGCUCCCGCCGAAGAAUUGGGGUUUCCGUCCUCCGAAGAGAGAUCUACUUAGUAUCCGGUACGCCCGCGUAGGCAACAAUAGUGUGUUUUCCCGCAAGGGCCUAUGCACCCUGUUUCUCACCAAUUUAAUAUCCCUGUUGUUAGGCACUGGCGUCGGCCUGUGGUUAAGUAAACAAGGAUUUUUCAUCCCCGCCAUUAAAGUACGCUAAAGAGAUAUGAUUUAUGUGUCAGUGUUCCAAGCGAAUUAAUUGUAAGUUUUUUUAUAUAGCUUAUUAUUUUCGAGAGAUUUCGUUUGAAUUGGAUUUAGAUAAGGAUUCCUUUCUUUCCUUUUUUCACGCAUUUUUUGAUGUAGGAAACAUGUACACUAAUAUGUAAAUGUACAUAAGGUAAGGCAGGUGUGAGGCAAAUCACAUGCUCGAAUUGAAGAAUCUGCUAUUUGUAAAGCGUGUGGCAGAAUAAAUUCUAUAUUGAUCCAGAAAUGACGAUGUUCAAUUAUAGCUCUUCUAAUGGUUAGAAGGUCCUAUUGAAUUGGUCUUUGUUGUGGCUGAGUCGUUCCUUCCGCAUUUUGCAUUUUAUAUAUUUAUGUACUUUUUCUUUCUUAAAACACAUCACAUCGACUAAUUUCAUUCUAAACGCUUGUGCUCGAAGAACCCUUACUCGAAACUAGUGUUGUGACAUGUUAAUUAACAAAAAUAACCGUUAUAUAACACGUUAUUAAAAUUAAAUAUAAUUAACAAGUUAAUUUAUGUUAAUAAUAACAUGUUAAUUAACGGUUAUUUUUGUUAUUUAUCAUGUCACUUACAACACUACUCGUAACAAUGAAUCUUAUUUUAAUUCGUUAAAGUUUUCUUAAUUACAAAAAUAUAAAGAUAUCAAUUGCUUGUGAACGCUGCCUUGUGAAUGAGACUGGGAUUUUUCUACUAUAUAUGAUUUGUAUAUGUAGUGGGAGUCAAAAUACCACUUUAAAGCUUAUUUUGUAUUUUAGAAAAAAUAUACUAAAUUUCCCCUAUUUAUCUACUGUUAUUACUUAGAUUUAAUUAAUUUAUACUACUAAUGUUUAGAUUGUAAGUUCUUCUAAAGUGUUUCUUCUUUUACUUUCCUAUUCUGGAAAAUUAAAUCAUUAUUGUUCUUUAAAUAAAUGAGAACAACUGCAAACAAACUAGGAAUUUUCGUUGAUGAAUUUUUCUUGCCACACUGAAUGAAAUUAAUUAAAUUGAAGUACAUAGUAUGCAGAACAUGUUAAAUAAAUCCACCCUAGAUAGCUAUUCGUAGGUAAUUACACCAAAAUUCCUAUUUGUUUAAACAGCCAAUGUUGAGCAAUAAUGGUUCGAUUAAUAUAAGCAGCAGGAUUUCAUUUUUCAUCGUUUGUACUUGAUUCAUACUGCAUGCGCUUGCAAGUGCGACUGCUUAAAAUCGUCCUGCUGUUUGUAAUCAAUUAGUAUGUAUUUUGUCCGUGGCUGGUAGAUAUUAAAAAACCGUGGAGUUUGUUAGGUUUCCUUGUUUUCUACCAGUGUUCUGUUGAUUUAUACUCUAGCUAAGCUGGAGAUUUCAUAUUUUGAUAAAUACCCCUAGGUUUUAGAAUUGCAUAAGAAUUUAAUGUUUUCUAGUAAUCAAUAAAUUUUUUAAUGGAGAA